GUGUAACGGUCGACGACCCUCCGUUACCGCUAUAAAACGGCAUGGCGAGCGCUACCAUCUCACCUGUAGCACCACCACCAGCAGCAGUUGCGCCGCUUCCACUGCAGGCGUCGCGGUUGGAGCCGGAGGGGCCUCGUCGCCAAGGUUUCCUCAUGGAAGCGCCUCCCCGAGACGAUAACAAUGACAACGCCAACCACCACCCUAUUCUCUCAAUCCGCCGCGGGUAUCGGCGCCGCCACUGCCUCCCCCACAACCCCGACCCGGCCAAGCGCAUCCGCCGCGCCGAGGGGGAGAGCUCCCGAUCCGCCUCCGGCACCGACCCGCUCCCCCAGGAUGACGGCUCCGGGAAGAUCGACGAGAAGAACGCCACCGACGCCUCGCCGCUGCGCCGCGCGAGUUGCCUGCAAUCCCUGGCGCACGGGUCAAUGUCGGUGCUGGGGAGGCGGAGGGACAUGGAGGACGCGGUGACGGAGGUAACGGGUCUCGCCGCGACGGCGGCGGGGGCGGGCGGGUACGCGUACUUCGCGGUGUACGACGGGCACGGGGGGGCGAUGGUGGCGCGGGCGUGCCGCGACAGGCUGCACGUGGCGGUGGCGGAGGAGGUGUGGCGGCGGCGUGCCGCGGGCGAGGGCGAGGGACCCGAGAUGUGGAGGCGGGCGCUUGAGGCGGGGUUCGCGAGGGUGGACGCCGAGGUGAUGGAGGCCGCCCGGGCGAUGAAGAAGGGGAUGGUGGGCUCAACGGCGGUGGUGGCGGUGGUUGCCGAGAAGUGGAUCGUGGUGGCCAACUGCGGCGACUCAAGGGCGGUGCUCUCCCGCGGCGGGGUAGCCGUGCCACUGUCAAUCGAUCACAAGCCUGACAGGCCCGAUGAGCUCAGGCGAGUGGAAGCUCUAGGAGGGAGAAUCCUCUGUUGGGACUGUCCUCGUGUCCUAGGAGUACUAUCCACUUCUAGGUCCUUUGGGGAUUACCUUCUGAAGCCAUACGUCAGCUCGGAUCCCGAACUUACGGUGACUGGUCGCACCGAGAAGGAUGAGUUCCUGAUACUAGCAAGCGAUGGGCUGUGGGAUGUCAUAUCGAGCGAGAUGGCAUGCAGGGUGAUCGGGAAAUGCCUUGAGGUCUUGGCAUCCGAUGGUUACCCAUGUGGAGUGGCUAAUUCUGCUGCUAAAGAAGCAGCUGCUGUGUUGGUCAGACUUGCCAUUUCUCGGGGCAGCGUAGACAACAUCAGUGUGGUGGUGGUAAAGCUCUAAUGCUGGCAUGGUGGUUGUCACCUCUGCAUCAAUGCAGAUUUGCAUUCAUAAAUUUCAAGAUGUGCCUUCUUUAUAGCCUCUAUAGUGCCGUAAGACUGUUUCAUGUCUUAGUGUUUAGGUAA